UCUUCUGUUAUACGAUCGGUGGCGGGCGCGUUCUGGCAACACCGCCUGGGCAACGACGCGCUGUGCGAGGUGUCUGCUUCACGUUCGGUUCGGGCAUGCGCUCCCGAGGAGGGCGCAUGGUUCUAGUAUGUCCUUCUGCGUCCCGCCGGAGGUGGGUUGGGAGAGGGACGGGGGUCAGCCUUUGGAGGGCAAGGUCUACCUGCUUCUAGCAGAUCAACAUCUGGGGCCUGUGCCAAAUACCGCUCUCGCUGUCUAGCCACAAGCGUCUGCAGGCACACUAGAGGCCGUUGAGGGUAGGCCCGUCUACCGUGUGCUCCUGAUAUUGAGAGCAGACCCCACCUGGCAAUGACUCCACGGGCAGCCUCGGAGGCCUUCGUGGACCACCUGCCGCUCCCGCUACGGCGUGAAGAGAGCCAGGGGCGGCGGCGGCCGCUACCCAAGGCGGCGGCGGCGGCCACGCUGGCCGCGGCGCCGGCCACUGCCCACGGCGGCGGCGGCGGCCACGCUGGCGGUGGACUCGCCGUGGACGCCGCGGUCUGGCUCCGUGUGCUCCGCCUGCCUCUCCGCGGCGCCCUCGGCGUGCGCGUCGCCUUUCAGCCCGUCGCGCGCGAGGGCACCUGGGGCGGCGCCUGAGCCCGCCGAGAGCCUGGCCGCGGCCGUGCUGGCCGCCACACACAUGCGCUGCGGCGAGGGCGCGCUGAGGUGGUUGGCGGAGCCGCUCCGCGGGGCCCUGGACGCGGUCGCGGAGGCCGAGGCGCGCUGCUCCCGCAGCAGCGGCUACGCGCGGCUGCUGGCCGAGCCGCAGCGGGGGCUGUUCCUGGGCGGCAGGCUCAUGGACGAGGCGCGCGGCGCGAGCAGAAGCCUGGAGCCCAACCCGGUGCGCCAGCUCGAGCAUGACCUCGACGACCUCCUGGACUCGGCGCGGCAGGCCCAAGAGCAGCUGCAGGCCCUGGUGGCGCCCUCGCAGGGCGCCUGGCCUCCGGGCCAGGUGGCAGAGAAACCCGAGGCCUUCCCCAUGGCCCUCUUCGCCUACAACCCCGGCGUGAAGCCGAGGGCUGCCGCCGAGGUGAAGGCGCUGGCGUCCUACGGGCCGGCGGAGGGCGGCCGGCGCCACCGGCACCUGCUGGACUUGGCCAGGCUGUCGCUGGUGUUCGGCAGCUGCGAGAUGCUGCAGCUCGGGCUGGACUCGGUGCUGCGGCAGUUCAAGGUCCUGGGCGUGCGGAACCUCUUCCGGUGCCCGAGCCGGAGCCUGGUUUGGACGCGCCGCGUGGAGGCGCGGCCAGCCACAGUUCAGGAGGGGACAAAAACACUUUUUCCCAACCCUCCUUGGUUGGGUAUUCGUUUUGAAUAGAGGGGUGUGGUCGCGUCCUUCUCCUCCCGCCUCCCGCCUCCCGCCUCCCUCUUGUCUCCUCUCGCCGUGUGGG